UAUAUAUAUAAUCACUAACACGGGAAGAAUAUAGAGUACAGGUGAUUAAGAAAGCAGAUUAAAGUCAGUCCGAGGUUCUUGCACACAAGAUAUAGAAAACACCCAAGUCUUACUCUGGUUUCAGGAAUUUAGAGAGCAAGCAUGGGAAGUGCAAACAUAGCAAUGCUUGGAAUUGUUCAUGAACAACUCACAGAAGAUAACUAUGAAUACUGGAAAGUAUGCUUGGAAAGGUAUUUGAUCAGUCAAGGGUUGUGGGAUGUUGUAACUGGGAAGAAACCUCAACCAGCGAAAGAUGCAGAUGGUUAUGAGGACUGGACAAGAAAAAAUGCAUUGGCUUUGCAUGCCAUUCAACUGUCAUGCGGACCAGAAAUAUAUAAAAAGUUCAGGAAAACUACUUCUGCGAAAGAUGCUUGGGAACACCUGGCUCCAUCCCAAUUGAGACGACCAGAUGAUCAUGAAGACUCGGUUGAAGAGAACGAUAAGUUUCAUCAUCUUAGUUAUCGGACCUUGUACAACACAAUUGAAAAUGGUGAUUGGGAAGAAACAAAAAGAUUACUUGAUAUGGGAGGCAACUCUGUCAGUGCGCGGAUUACAUCCAAAGGGGAUACAGCUCUUCAUGUUGCGAUUAUGGCUGGACAUUUAGGGAUUGCAGAGAAGUUGGUUAUAUUAAUGUCAGCAGAUGACUUGGAAAUCACAAAUGAAUUCGGAAGCACAGCCCUCUCUCUUGCUGCCAUCAGUGGAUGCACAAAAUUAGCCAAAGCAAUGGUGGACAAGAAUCCCAAGUUGGUUACAGUUUCAAAUGAUCUACAUAUUGAUGGCGCCAUCCCUGUUAUUGUGGCUUCUCUAUAUAACCGGAAAGAUAUGGUACAUUACCUUUACAAAGUGACACCCAUUGAUGAGCUCAGUCCUGAAAAAGGCCACAAUGGUUCCACGCUGCUGCAUUGCCUGAUCAGUGCUGAAAUUUAUGAUGUUGCUUUGGCGCUACUGGAAGAGUACCCCAAACUGGGCCUUACUGAAGAUCGUUUCGGAAAGUACACCCUCAGAAUAUUGGCUCAAAAGCCAUCUGCAUUCCCAAGUGGCACUAAACUCGUGUUUUGGAGAAGAUGGAUGUACUCAUCAAUGGGCUUGUUCAGGGAACUUGUUUCAUGCCUCUUGAAAAGCUUUGUCCCAGAUGUAUAUCAUACAAAGUUGGUACAUGGCGAAGCCCUUAAAAUCCUCAGUUGCAUUUGUAAGGAGAUACCAAAAUUGAGUGAGUCACAACUUAGUGAUAUUGGAAUAGAUGAAAUGAUCUAUGAUGCCGUAAAGCAUGGGAUAUUGGAGUUUAUUGUUGAAUUAAUAAAAUGUGAUCCUCCAAUCAUAUGGAGAAAAGACAGUAAAGGUAGAACGAUUUUUGCACAUUCGAUUGUCUUGCGGCAAGAAAAGAUCUUUAGCCUCAUACAUGGAUUUGGAACGAGGAAGAACAUUAUGGCUCACCGACAUGAUAUAUUUGGUAACAACUUUUUGCAUCUAGCUGCCAAGUUGUCUCCUCCUGGUCAGCUUGGACGCAUCUCUGGGCCAGCUCUACAAAUGCAAAGGGAACUUCAAUGGUUUAAGGAGGUCGAGAAUAUGGUGCAACCCAAGUGCAAAGAAGAAGUCAAUGAAAACAACAAAAUACCUGCAACUCUAUUUACUGAGGAGCACAAAGAGUUGGCAAAAGAGGGAGAGAGGUGGGUGAAGAAUAUUGCGGCAUCAGGCAUGGUUGUCGGCACCCUCAUCGCUGCUGUUAUGUUUACAACGGCUUUUACCAUUCCUGGAGGUAGUGACAACACGACAGGCCUGCCCGUAUUUCUGAAGUAUGAUGAAUUCUUGCUUUUUGUCAUGUGCAAUGCAUUCUCGAUGUUUUCGUCCUCCACCGCAGUGUUGAUGUUCUUAGGAAUUCUCACAGCCCGCUUUGCAGAAGAGGAUUUCUUUCGGUCUUUGCCAAUUAAAGUGAUCAUUGGUCUUUUAUGCCUUUUCUUGGCCAUCGUAACCAUGAUGGUCGCCUUCGGAUCUGCUAUAUUUAUGACCCUCAAUAACCGUUUAUCUUGGGUUGACAUUCCGGUUAUCCUUCUUGCGUGCAUACCCGUAACACUUUUCUGUGUAUCGCAGUUUCCCCUUCUCAUUCGUAUAAUCCAUUGCACAUUUGUUUCGACCAUCUCGGGCAAACCCGAGAAACAUCCCCUUGGACUUCGAUGAAGUUGUUUGUAUGUGAUGUUUCUCUAGUCUUGUUGCCGAAUUUAACUAUCUAUGGAUGAACUUGUCAGAGGUAGUUGAAAUAACCAUUGUGGUUCUCUGGAGAAUAUACUUGUAACUCCACUGUAGGAUAAGGCUUUGGUGUUCUUAUUAAAUGAAAUUCUUCUUCCAUCAAAGUUUUGUCUUUUGAAAUUUUUGUAGGCACAA